AUGAGAAAGCAAGUGCUAUCUCUAACAGAAAUCGCGGCGGCUAGAAUUCGCCACCUCUUAGAGCAGCGCCAACGCGAUUUCCUCAAGCUUGGUGUCAAGGCUCGUGGCUGCAACGGCUUAUCCUACACUCUCAAUUACGCCGAUGAGAAAAGCAAAUUUGAUGAGUUGGUUGAAGACAAAGGUGUGAAGAUAUUGAUUGAUCCGAAGGCCCUCAUGCAUGUCAUAGGUACCAAGAUGGAUUUUGUUGACGACAAACUCAGAUCUGAGUUCAUAUUCAUCAACCCAAAUUCUAAAGGGCAGUGUGGCUGCGGAGAAUCUUUUAUGACAGUGAGCAACUCGGAUGCAGCUAAGCGCAAUGGUGAAUCAGGAACAUAA